UUUCUGUUUCGAGGGGUUGAAAGAAAAGAGGGUUUCUUGAUGCGUCGACAACCUCUCGUUCUUAACCGACCCCAUGGUUGCUGAUGCUGCGUGGACAGGGGGUACACUUAGGUGCAGCUGCUCAACCCGCCCUGUUGGGACUGCUGUCAGUGUCGGGCGUUCUCUCCAUCUUGGCUCCAUAUCUGAGUGAUCCGUCGCUAUGGUUAGCAGUCGCCCGGCCGCCGUGUGAUCUGGGUGUGCUGCGUCGUCCGGCGCAAUGCGUACGGGAACUUGUCAGCAAACCGACAGAGCAGCCAAAACAGCCCCUGGGGUCCAAAUCCAGACGUGGAUAUGCUUGGCAGCAUGCAUACAGAGAGGAACCCAAAUUUUCCAGUCUUUGCUGCGUUCUACAUCGCCAUCCUGGCCCUCAUCCUUGGCGAAUAUUCAUCAUGAGUGACGUGGCAUCCAGAAGGUAGAUCCAACGGCUGGCUCGCUGAUAUGAAGUCAGAGUUGCCCUUAUCACGCAAUCAGGUGGUCGGUCCUCUUCUUCUUGUCGUCAACGUCCGCUGAAAGCAACGGGUUACUGAGUUUGGCGACUAUUCACUGCCACAUCAAAACUGCGCAAUCCCUUCGUCACAAUUACUCGUUCUCGGUCAGAUGCAGCCGGAACCGAGAAGGGAGAC